AUGAAGGAUGAGCUCCUGCUAUUCAUAUAUGCUGGUCACGAUACCACAAGUGUAACGUUACAAUGGUUCGUGAAAUUCAUGACCAACAACCAAGAAGCGCAGAUGAAGCUUCGGAAAGCCUUGAGAACAGCUUUUCCUGGUGAUUCGCUGCCGAGCAUUACAGACCUCCUCGCCAAGAAUGUACCGUAUCUAGAUGCAGUGAUCGAGGAGAGCCUUCGUUGCGGGGCUACUGCAACUCGUAUUAUGCGUGUUGCAACAGUGGAUACCGAGAUAUUCGGCCAUAAAAUACCCGCUGGUACAAGACUAUCGGCUCCCGCAACGCUGAUGUGGCAUUCAAUGCCCGUACCAGAGGGGAGACGUAGUUUAUCGAGUCGAGCUGCGUUCGAAAAGGGCGAUAGGGUAGAUUGGACACAUACCCCUGGUGCUCAAGAACUCGACAAAUUUAUCCCAGAGCGAUGGCUUAAGAUAGACAAGGACGGAAAGGAGAUUUGUGAUCCAACUACACUCGCUCAUAACGCUUUCGGGGGCGGAAUUAGAGGUUGCUUUGGGAAACGGUUGGCCAUGCUGGAGCUACGUAUCACAAUUGCUUUAAUCGUGAUGAGCUUUAAGUUUCUACCCAUCCCUCCAGAAUUUAACAGUUUCCAGGCUACCGAGCAGUUGCUUCGAUCCCCUCGAUAG